AUGCCAGCAGCAUUAGCGUCGUCAUCGGCAGUUCCCGCACCAGCGUCAGAUUUUUCCGCUGCCGCGGCCAUUGCGUCGUCAUCAACAAACGCGCAACCACCGGUGCCAGUGGGCCAGGCUACGGCACCUCAGCAUCAUCAAAGUGCGCCUGAAUCGUCAUCCGCACCCCAUCUCUCGAUGAGGCAGCAUGACCCGUUGCCCUUAGUGUCUCCAGACCAUUCCCCGAUGCAAUCUGAUGAUGAGUUGGAACCCCCGUCACCGAAGUCCAGGUCUGUGACUAAUGGUAAACUGUCGAGAUCGAUCAGCUCGCCUAAGGUCGGUCAAAAACGCAGAACCAAUUCUGCGUCAACUGACCUGAAUGCACCGGAUCAAUCUGCUACACCCCCAACAAAGAAGCGGCGCGGUCGGCCACCGAAGAAUAAGGCGCAAGAAGCUCAAGCACCGGUCGCCAGUCAGACAAACCAAACAAAGGCUACCAAGAAGAAGCGUGGAGAUCCGCCACCGGGAGCCGAACACGGCUGGGGUACACGUUUAAUCAAGCUCGAUAUUGAUGCUUCUAACAUAAUUUCUGAAGGGCGUCCCAAACGCCAGCCAGCUCAGCUGACUGAACUGACGACAAACCAAACCAAGCGCGGUCAAGCGAAACGUGGCGCCAAGCGAGCCGUGGCGUCUCGAGUGCUGACUCGUCGUUCUACUCGCGUCGCCUCGGUGACCCCUAAAGGAUCAACCGCCCGCAAAGGUCUGCGAGUAGCUUCCAAAUCUCAAACUACCCGAAGACCCCAAAGAGCUCCUCGUGCAUCGCUGCGCAGAGAAGUCAUUGUUGAUCACCUGCUGCUGGAUCUGGUGGAGAAUCUGGAUAAUGAAGACUCCAGGGAACUUCAAAAUGAGCUGCGGUUGUCGACAAAAAAGCAACCCUCUGCCCCGGAGCCGUCAAAAUCAACUGCAGUGGGGGUGGAACAACCUCAAGUUACGUCUACUCCAAAUGUGUCUGCAGGCUACUCUGUUCCAAAUGCUAGUCUGAGUCAAUCUGUUGGCGGUAUCGCACCUGUUGCGGGUGCGGGCGCAUCUUUUCACCAGGCUUCUAUGAUUCCGAUGGCCCCCCCUCAGGUUGUUGCUGGGUUCGCUCAAGCCGCGCCGUCACCAGAUCAGGAACUUUUGGCAGCGCUUUAUUCUAUUCUCAAGGUAUUCGCGCACAAUUUUGUCGGCGAACCGCGUGUCCAACUCCCCCCACCGCCGAUUAUCCCUGGCAUGGCACCGGUCGUCUUGCCUCCUCCGCCUAUCAUCUUAGAGGAAGAGCUCGCCAACUUCUUGCUUCGGGCACAAGUUGUGUGUGCUAAUCACAAGAAUCAUCUUCUGCCGUCUGAAUACGACCGUUUACGGGUGCUUGUGAUAAAAAAUCGUUUGGAUGGUCCUGCGUUGAAAUGGUAUUUAGCUCAAUGGCCCCUGAAAGAUCCCUCGUACGCCGAACUCGAGCAGGCUCUUGAGUUGGUUUGGGGCAACACCAGGUGGCGUCGCCAUUCUACACCUCCCAUUCAGCAGCAGGGAGACAUAGGUGAGUACAUCUUACGAUUCGAACUCGAUCGAGUUAUGUGGCCAAAGGGUCCAACCUUGCAAACUGCGCAGCAUUUUGCCUACGGGCUUCAGGAACCAUUGAGAGGGAUGAUCUUGGAGCGCUUGCGCCAAAAUCCUAACGUAUCCAUGAUCGAAGUGUACAAUUGGACCAGAUUCGGUUGA